UUUUUUUAUAUAAAUAAGUUUUUUCUUGAAGCUGCAGCUUUUACCAAGCAAAAAGUGAAAGAAAAAAACCGCGAAAGUUGAAUUUUACGAAUUCAUAAAAGAAAAUUGAAAACAAGAAGAUGACGAUCGAUUGUUUAGUUUUGGGUGCAGGACAAGAGGUAGGAAAAAGCUGUGUAGUGGUAACUAUAAAUGGCAAGAGGAUAAUGUUUGACUGUGGGAUGCAUAUGGGACACAGCGAUCAUCAGAGAUACCCGGAUUUUUCUCUUAUAUCUGAGUCUGGUGACUUUGACAAUGCUCUUUCAUGCAUCAUCAUCACACAUUUCCACCUAGACCAUAUCGGAGCUCUUCCAUAUUUUACUGAAGUUUGUGGGUACAAUGGCCCCAUAUACAUGACGUAUCCAACAAAAGCUUUAGCUCCAUUGAUGCUGGAAGAUUAUCGCAGAGUGUUGGUUGAUAGAAGAGGAGAGAAAGAGCAAUUUAGUUCUGAGAAUAUCGCAGAUUGCAUGAAAAAAGUUACUGCAGUGGACUUGAAGCAGACUGUGCUGGUUGAUCGAGACCUUCAAAUUCGAGCAUACUAUGCUGGACAUGUUCUUGGUGCUGCAAUGUUUUAUGCUAAAGUGGGCGAUGCUGCUAUGGUAUACACUGGAGAUUAUAAUAUGACGGCUGAUAGACAUCUUGGAGCUGCUCAAAUUGACCGGCUGCAGCUGGACCUUGUCAUAACAGAGUCAACUUAUGCUACCACCAUCCGCGAUUCCAAAUAUGUUCGGGAGAGGGAGUUUCUUGAAGCAAUUCACAAAUGUGUUGAUAGCGGAGGAAAGGUGCUCAUCCCUGCAUUUGCUCUUGGAAGAGCUCAGGAACUCUGUAUGUUAUUGGAUGACUAUUGGGAGCGGAUGAAUCUUAAAGUUCCUAUUUAUUUUUCCGCAGGUUUGACCAUACAAGCUAAUAUGUACUAUAAAGUUCUCAUAAACUGGGCCAGCCAAAAGGUGAAAAACCUUUCCGCAACACGCAAUGCAUUUGACUUCAAAAAUGUCCACAGUUUUGAACGUUCCAUGAUAAAUGCUCCUGGACCUUGUGUUUUGUUUGCUACUCCCGGCAUGUUAAGUGGUGGAUUUUCACUUGAAGUUUUCAAGCAAUGGGCUCCGUGCGAACAGAACCUGAUAGUUCUACCAGGAUAUUGUUUGGCUGAGACAGUAGGGCACAAGUUGAUGAGAGCUAAACCUCCUGCCAGAAUAGAUGUUGAUAAAAGCACCCAGAUUGAUGUGCGCUGCCAGAUUCAUCAGCUGUCUUUUAGUCCACAUACUGAUUCCAAGGGAAUCAUGGAUCUGAUCAGAUUUCUGUCACCCAAAAAUGUAAUACUUGUACAUGGGGAAAAGCCCAAGAUGGCAUCGCUCAAAGAGAGAAUUGAAUCAGAUCUUAGGAUCCCAUGCUACUAUCCUGCAAAUAACGAGUCUCAGCGCAUUGAAACAACUCAUUAUAUUAAAGCUGAGGCAUCCAAAUCAUUUCUCCAAAGUUCUUUGAGCCCAAAUUUCAAGUUUCUAAAAACAAUUUCAAGAGCAGACACUGGUUUCAUUCUUAAUGAGAGAGCUGAGUCUUGUGUACAAGUAUGUGAUGACAGAGUAGCUGAAGGGGCAGUCAUUAUGCAGAAAGACCAGCACCCAAAAAUUGUACACCAGAAUGAGUUAAUGGACAUCUUAGAAGCAGAAAAUCAUAAAGUUCAGGUUGCUUACUGUUGUCCAGUGUGUGUCCCUGAUGAACCUAAAAACGUAGCUUUGUCGCCAGGAGAAGAUAUGCAUCCUGUGCUUGAUAAAUGCUCCUUGCUGCAUUUAUUAUACACAAAACUUUCAAAUGGUUUUCAAGAUGUAACCAUUCUGAAUGAUGGAGACCGUCUCCAGAUACAGUCAUUCACUGUCUCUCCCUGUCUGAAGGAGAAGUGUCCUCAUAGAAUACAUGUUAAUCCUGAUAGCACAUCUGAAGCAGUAAACUUUUGCUGCACGUGGUCAAUGGAAGAUGAGAAACUUGCUUGGAGGGUCAUCUCAAGCAUGAAGAAUUUGGAGUUGAAGACUCGAAUUUUUAUCCAUAUUUUGAACCUUCAAGAAAAAAUGGCAACUGAGCCACCAAAUUUGAUAUCCUCUGACCCGACAACUCCACUUCUACACCGGCGACUCGAAAACGGCGGCAGAGGGGGUCGUCAGUCAUCACUAGCGGUACUUCUUGGUCGGGUCACCGGAAGGCGCGGUGGCGGAGGAGGUGGCGCGUCGUUGUUGGUGAGGGAGACGGCGGCGCGUGAGCUGGAUGAGCGAAGAGCUGAUUGGGGUUAUUCGAAGCCGGUGGUGGCUUUGGAUAUGAUGUGGAAUUUGGGGUUUGUGAUUGUGUCUUUUGUGAUUUUGUCAUGUGCGGUGGAUGAGUCGCCCAAUGUUCCGAUUAGGCUUUGGAUUUGUGGGUAUGCUUUGCAGUGUGUGGUGCAUGUGGUGCUUGUGUGGUUGGAAUAUAGGAGGAGGAGUUUGCAAGGAGGAACUGAUGUAGAGGGAAAUGAUGGUGAGGGUGGUGAAGAGAGGAACGGGGUUUUGGGUAUUGGUAAUCAGUCAAGUUUUGCUAAACGAUGUGAAUAUAUGAAUACAAUGGGGUCACUUCUUUGGUGGAUAAUUGGCUUUUACUGGAUAGUCUCUGGUGGUGAAAUUCUUUUACAGAAUGCUCCACAUUUAUACUGGUUGGCAGUUGUAUUUCUGGCAUUCGAUGUAUUCUUUGCCAUCUUUUGUGUUGCUUUGGCAUGUCUGAUAGGAGUUGCUCUCUGUUGCUGCUUGCCUUGCAUAAUUGCAGUACUCUAUGCAGUGGGUCAGGAAGGUGCGUCCGAGGAAGAUCUCAGAGUUCUCCCCAAGUAUAGAUUCCAUAUUUGCAAGAAUGAGGAGAAACCAAGGGUAGGAGCUGGUAGGAUGGUACCAAUUGAGACAAGCAGCGGAUACCUGGCCACUGAGCGUAUUCUUUUACCUGAAGAUGCAGAAUGUUGCAUAUGUCUUACCUCGUACGAGGAUGGGGCAGAACUCCAUGCUCUCCCCUGUAAUCAUCAUUUCCACUCCACCUGCAUCGUGAAAUGGCUUAAAAUGAACGCUACAUGUCCACUAUGCAAGUACAACAUCCUGAAGGGAAAUGAUCAGGUUUAAAGCAGAGGAGAAUGAAAAACAUUGUACAUUGUUUCGGGUUAUUAAAGCCACUUAUGGAAGCUUGAAACACUACUUGCUAAAUCCAUAUCAGAACAGAAAUCUGCUUUCCAACUAGUCGAGCUUCCUCUCAUGUUCGCUUAGCAUAUUGAGAUCUUCUCUGUAGUGAAUUGUCUUCUGUUAUAAAAAUAAUGUAGCACCCCGCGAAGAAUUAAAAACGAAGAAGAGUUGGUCCUUCCCCCAGCUCAUGUAAAUUAUCUUUGGUUCCAUUGGUUUCCAAUAGGUAUACAGGAUCCAACUCUUGUAAGUAUAUGCAUUUUUCUUGUGUGUGGUUUAUGUGCAGUUUUUCUUGUGCUCCUUUCUCUAUGAAAACAGAAAAGUGGGUGAUAAUUUGAUAUCUAAGUUUUACUCAAUUUGUUAA